AUGCGCGCUUCAGUUUGUGCUGCGACUCGCGCCUAUCCCCGUUCUCAGGCUCGUGUCUCUGCUCCUAUGGGAUCAUCAGCUGCUGUAUUACCUAGAAGCUAUUCGAAGAGGUUUCUACUGCUCGCAGACGGAGACUUCAGGUCCAUGCUGCUGGAUGCAGCAGCGGAGCAGCAGCAGCGGCAGCAGCAGCAGCUACACGGGAGUGCCAUGGCGUUGCAGCCGCUCAUCCUCUCCUCCAUCGACACUGCAUCCCGGCAGUGUAGCAGCGGUGCCUGCCUUUUUGCUGCUGCUCCGACUUUGGCAUUCGCCCUCACUGCGCGAUUCCCACAUAUAUCCUACCUGCAGCAGCAGCAGCAGCAACACACCAGCAGCAACACACACACAAACACCACUUGUAACUCGUUGUGGCGAGGUCUCAUAUUACAUCUGCGCACCGAAGAGCCACUUCGAUCCUUCAUUGGAGAAGAACUCCUCCAAAAAUGCCACAAAUUGUUUGCACUUCUCUGGAAAGCCCAUAUGGCGCAUCGUCAGCUGCAUGCGUCAUGGCUACGAGGCUGUGCGCUUCAAAAGCAGCUGCGGCAACAGCAGCGAGCGGCAGCAGCUGCAGCAGCCGCAGUUCCUGAAAGAAAUUUAGUCUCAAGGGCUACUGCUGCAGCUCGCGAAGAGAUCCUCAUUCUGCAAAUCUCCCAACUAACGCAUCUUCUGAAUGAAAUGCUGCAUUUCUCGAGGCAGUGGCUUCAUUUCGCGCAUGAGGAGGUCCUCUCGCCCAAUUGGCGCAUCUUCUACAAGGCUAUUCCUCGCUGCCGGGAUGUUGAUGAAUUUCUCGGUUUGUUGUGGCAGUGCAUCCAGCAGCAACAUGACGGGUUGUUUCUUUUCGAUGCAAAGGAAGCAGCAGCAGCAGCGGCAGCUGCUGCUGCUGCUGAGGGUGACGACAGCAGCAAUAUCAGCGUGCAGCUGCAUGCGCUGAUCCAGGAAAUGCACGAGGCAUGCUCCGCAAUGGCGUCGAGAGCUGAGUUUCGCUUCGCCACAGUAGCAGAGCAGCAACUUCAGGGGACGUCAGAAGUUCGUAUGCCAACGGCAGCAGCAGCUGAUGCUGGCAGCAGCAGCAGCAACAGCAGCAGCAACAGCAACAGCAACAGCAGCAACAGCGUGCUGGCGGUGGAAGAGCGACGACAGGCUUUCAGGCAUCAAAUGCUGCGACUAUUGCAGCUUUUGGAUGCAAAGCAAAGCGAAGUUCGUGCAGCAGCAGCAGCUGCAGCACAAGCAGCCAGCAACAGCAGCAGCAGGAGUCGAAUUUAUUUGGAUCAUUGCAUGGCGAUUAGGUCCUUACGCGUGCGGUUGGAUUUUAAUGAUUUUUACGAGCAUCAGCGCCAGAUCCACGCGGUGUCACCGCACACGCAAGGAGACAGUUCUGUAACUCGCUUCCCCUCGUUGUUGUUACAGCAGCAGCAUGCAAGAACCACCCCCGCAGGGGGCAGCAGCAGCAAGGGAAGCCUCGGGGACCCCCCUGACAAGCGCUCUGAUGAAUUUGCUGGCACAGCGCGGCAGCCUUCCUGCGGCAGCCACGAAACAGUGCUUCCUACGCCACGAGAAGCGCCAACUUUUGUCUCCAAGCUACAGCAGCAUCUGCUGCAGCAGCAGCAGCAGCAGCACCUUGCCGACGAUAUCACAAGGCCACCCACGGCAGGCGAAGCCUCAGGUCCAACGUCGCCUCUGCCGCUAGGACAAGCAGCAGCAGCAGCAAAUUCGCCGAAUUAG